GUAUAACAAAAAACAAGGUUAUGCUUUAUCUUGUUUUUAAUGGAUAAAUUAAGUACCUACCUAAAUUGUUCAAAAACGACAGCAAAUAAACAAUUGCUUUGAUAGAUUAUAGUGAUUAUUUACCCAAUCUCGAUUUUUUAGGAUUAGGGUUAGAACUGAUAAAAUAUAGAUUAAAUGCAUAAAUAUAUUGAUAUUAUGGACAAAUAGGUUUAAUGUUAUACUAAAUUUUAUAUUUAACUUAACAAAAUGAGCAAUAUUAAAAGAUAUGGUUCUGUUUGUCUGAGAAAUCAUUAUAGUGAUGUUAGAGAAAAAAAUAGUGCAAUUAAUAAAGACAACAGACAAUCGAUUAUAACUUUAGACGACUUCAUAAAAUGUGGCAUAUGCAAAAGAGAACUUCAAAAUCCAAAAAUGCUGAAUUGUCAGCACACGUUUUGUCUAAUUUGCAUACAAUCUCUUAUGAUGGGUGGUAUAUUAAGUCAAGGUCCAGUUAAUACAAUUAAUAAUGUAAAAUGCCCCACUUGUCAUGAAGUAACUCCGUUAAAAGAUGGAAUAAACUCUAUAGAAAACUUAAGAGGGAAUCUGUAUUUAGAGUCGUUGCUUAAGGCUGCCAGAGAUCAACCACAAAAUCUUGACAGUAAUUGUGUAAAAUGCAACAUAAAAAGUAAUGAUUGUAAAGUAUGUCAACACUGCUUACAGGUUUUUUGCAACAUUUGCUGGGACGAGCAUAUGCCAGAACUAAACGAAAUUCUAUCAAACUUGACUAAACGUCUGGAUGAAAAUGUUUAUAAAAUUGAUCAAAAAAGCGAUUAUUUUAAGGACCACUGUGAACAGAUUAGGGAUUUAAUUGAUAUGUUGAUGGAAGAGAAAAUGAAAAACCUUAAGAAACUUCAAAAACAAGUCAUGGGAGAGUUGGAGAUAUUUAAAGAUGAGAGUGAUGAAUAUGGAAAGGAUUUAAAGAAUAAGAUGGAAGAGUUAAAAAAUAAGAUGUCUGAUGAAUCCAAAAAUAUCGGAAAUAAUAAGGAUAAAAUGUUUAGAUCCUUCCACGAACAAACAUCGGCCCUAAUCAACAAAAUUCAUAACUACGGCGAAAACAAAAUAAUAUUCGAUUCAGAAAAAUGCAAGUUGGACCUGUGCAAAGAAGGAAUUUACAACGACGACAGCUCAAAAGUAAAAAUCGUCCAUUCAAUCGAUCCCAGGGUAAAUUACUACAAAACGCGACCGUUCGUAGCCAAAUUAAAAUGGAGCAAAUGUCCGCGAUCAGGAGGUGUAGGAAUAGCACCUUGGGACACCUCCAAACUCUACAUUGCUGCAACUGAUAACAGCUGCGUGCUAAAACUCGAUAUGGUUACAAAUAAAUUACUGGGAAGUAUAAGGCAUGAUGACAUGGCGUACGCAUGCGCAGUCGCAUUUUCCAUGAAAAAUAACGAAAUUUUUAUAUCUGAUAAGUGGAAUAACUGUGUACACGUUUUUAGUAGGGAUGAAGCGUUUCAAAGAACAAUAUGUAAGGAAGUUAUUAAAACACCAAAUGGGAUUGCUAUAGGACCAAAUAACGAGCUAGUUAUAUCAGACAGUGGUAACAAAAGAAUUCUUAUAGUAUCUUUUAAAGACGGGGAAAUCAUAAGAGAAAUAAGAUCUCUAAACAACCCCACUGCUUUAACCAUACACGACUCGAAAAUCUACGUUGCCGAUACGGGAAACCACAGAAUAAAAAUAUUUAACUUCCAGGGUGAAUCCCUUCAAGAUUUUGGUACUUUAGGUAAACAUCCAGGGCAAUUUAGGUAUGCAGAAGCCAUUGCUGUAGAUCGUCAUGGUUUUAUUUUGGUUGGUGAUGCAGGAAAUGCCAGGAUUCAAGUUUUUAAACCUGAUGGUACAAUUGUUAGAAUUUUUGGUUGCAAAGAAGGUUUUGGUUGGGUUAGUGGAUUGGCUAUUUCAGACGAGUCGGAUAUAAUUUUGACCGAUCAUAAAAACAGAAGUUUCAUUAUUUUUUAAGCAAUGAGUGUCAACACUAUGGAGCCUACACAAGGAGUCCGAACUUCAUGUAUACAAAUAGCUUCCUCAAAUAAGAGGGCGCUGGUGUUCCGUUGAUUUUUUGGUUAGUACCGAAACCUCACCAAAGCACCAG